AGAUGACAAUUUGCGUUUCAUACAUUGGCGGUAAAAUCGCAUUUAUUAAUUACAAAUCUAAUUUGAUUUGCGUGAUAUGUUUAAUUGUUUAAAAUGGCUGAAAAACUUGAAGAUCUAAACCUGCCCAUGUCUGUUGUGACUCGUAUCGUAAAGGAAUCUUUACCCGAAGGCGUAGCUAUAUCCAAAGAGGCUCGAACCGGUUUAGCAAAGGCCGCUUCUGUUUUCGUAUUAUACGUUACUUCUGCAGCUACUAAUAUAGUUAAAAAUAAUAAAAGGAAAACAUUAACUGGUCAAGAUGUGUUAGAAGCUAUGAAAGAUAUAGAAUUCGACAAAUUCGUCGGUCCAUUGACCGAAGCUUUGGAGAACUACAAACAUGCUGUUUCAGCGAGAAAAUCUGGCGCUGGGAAGAAAAAAGAAGACUCUGAAGAAAUGGAAACAAUAGAAGAAGAUUAGGGUGAUGAUAUUGUGUAUUAUUUUUAAAGUUAUUAUGCCUAGAGCUAGACAGUCUAGCUGUCCUUCCUUAUUUUAUAAAAGCUGAAAGUUUUACUAUGAAAUUGAUAAUAUAUUUAUACAAAUAUUAUAACAUUACUUUAUGGGUCCCCAAGUACCAUAUAUAAAAUUCAGGAAAAUCUUAAGGUGAGGUAUGGGUCACGCACUAAACAUUAUAAAAAUAAAAUCACCUUAUUACUAUGACGGCACUAAAGUUUCCAUACAAUGCAAAGUUUCUAUGUAACAAAUACAAAAAUUCUAUACAAGGCCCAACUUUUAUCCCUUUUCCUUUCCACCCUUUUUCUCAUCAGAAAAGCAUGGGAAGGGAAUGUGGAUUUGAUGGCGCAGGAGACGCAUAGGAGGGGGAUAUAUCCUCUUUAUGUGCGUCUCCUCCUACAUCAAUCAAGGGUAGGCAAUGCAUUUGCUUUUGUGAAUGUCUACGGGCAGUGGUCGCUUUGCCAUUUUGGCGGAUUUGGGUGCCCGCUUGCUCAUUUGCCACCUUAUGAUAUAAAAAAAAAACUUUAAUACCUAUUAUCAAAAUAACCACAACCAAAACUCCAUAAUCAAUGGUCAUUUUGACCUUUAAGCAUGUGUAUAAUAAAACAUUCAGCAUUUAUAAAAUAAGCAGAGUUUGUCUCUCACUAUGGUUAUAUGUUUUGUAAGCUAACUUCAAUGUUGUCACCAAAAAAACUUAUUUUAAGAAAAAGACCAUUCUUGUAUCACUAUUAUGUAGACUGUAAAUUAGAAUAAGUAUUUUGUAUAUAGUUUAUUUCAUACUGAAGAUAACAGCAAAUUACUUAGCACAAGUUAAACAACUGUAUUCAAAUGUUGUUUCUCAUAUUUUAGGCAGUGGAAUAUAGCAUCUUAUUUUCUGUAUACAAAUGGAUUUUUGUGUACAAUUGUAACCCAUAGAUUUGCAAUUUACAAGCAAUUUCGUCUGAUGAGUGGUGCCGGAGGCCUGACUUCAGUCCCUUUCCCUUUCUCUUAAGAGGCAAGGAGGGGAAGGAAAAGUGGAUUUGACAGUGGAGACACAUAGGAAGGGGAAAUGGCCUCUUUAUGUGCGUCAAUGAAGGGUAGGCGACGCAUCUGCAAUUGCGGAUGUGUAUGGGCAGUGGUCACUUUCCAUUUUGGUGAAUUCAUGUUGCUGCUUGCUCAUUUGCCACCUUAUUUUAAUAAAAAAAAUAUCUGCAGCAUAAAAGUGAUAAAAUAUCUUGGAAGUCAUUUUGUUGCUGUUGGGAUAAAUUUCUUGAGAAUUUUCAUUUACAAUACAAAAUGUAUAACUAAUUUUUGAUUAGAUAUCAAACUUGAAUAAACACUGCAUUUAUAUAUAGUAAUAUUAUGAAAAGGAAAGAUUUGUAUUUUUAUAUGUAUUGAAAUAACUCAAAAACUACUGGGACAAUUUAAAAAUGCUUCCAACAUUAAAGAGCUAUGUUAUCAGUGAGUAACAUAGGCUACAUUUUUUAUUAUUUCUUUAAUUCACAAGUUGGCAGCAACAGCUAGUUGAUUAUACAUCUGUUAAUUUGCUAUUAGUUUUAUUGUAUCAUUAGUUAAGAUAUUCUGUGGGAUUUUUAAUAAAACACCAUUUUUGUAUUAUAAUUUUAUUUGGGAAUAAAAUUUCUUGAGACACAACUUGGAAUCUAAACUUAGAAACCAAUGUUUCUCAAUCUACCUACA